AUGUCGCUGGUUGCUCGAUUGUGGCGCUUUCUCCCUCUGGGACGAGGCACGUCCCAGGGGCCUCGGCUCCUGCUGGGAGGAGCUCCCGGCAGCCGCUGCCGGUGCGUCCUCGGGCGACUCCGUGGCUUCGAGGUAACAGGAAAUCCAGAAACUUUCAAAAGAGGCCUUUUAUUCUCAGCUUUGACUUAUUUGGGUUUUGAAACGUAUCAGAUAAUUUCUCAGACUGCUGUUGUCCAUGCUGCAGCUAAAGUUGAAGAAAUCCUUGAACAAGCAGAUUACCUGUAUGAAAGUGGAGAAACCGAAAAGCUUUAUCAGUUGCUAACUUUGUACAAAGAAAGUGAAGAUGCAGAAUUACUGUGGCGUUUGGCACGAGCAUCACGUGACGUAGCUCAGCUUAGUACAACCUCAGAAGAGGAGAAAAAGCGAUUGGUGUAUGAAGCCUUAGAAUAUGCAAAAAGGGCACUUGGAAAAAAUGAAAGGAGUUUUGCAGCUCAUAAGUGGUAUGCAAUCUGUAUUAGUGAUGUUGGAGAUUAUGAAGGCAUCAAGGUUAAAAUUGCAAAUGCAUAUAUCAUCAAGGAACAUUUUGAGAAAGCAAUUGAACUGAAUCCUAAAGAUGCUACUUCAAUUCACCUAAUGGGUGUUUGGUGUUAUACAUUUGCUGAGAUGCCUUGGUAUCAAAGAAGAAUUGCUAAAAUGUUGUUUGCAACUCCUCCUAGUUCCACGUAUGAGGAGGCCUUAAGCUACUUUCAAAGGGCAGAAAAAGUGGAUCCAAACUUCUACAGCAAAAACUUGCUACUUUUAGGGAAGACAUAUUUGAAGCUACAGAACAAAAAGCUUGCUGCUUUCUGGCUGAUGAAAGCCAAGGACUAUCCAGCACACACAGAGGAAGAUAAACAGAUACAGAAUGAAGCUACUCAAUUGCUUUCAAAUCUCAAGAAUUGA